AUGCCCGCAAAAGUAUUCCUCGGCAGCGGCAUCAUAUCGCUCGCCACAGCCUACUACACCCUCCUCCAAUCCCCCUCCACGCACAUCCACCUCAUCGACCCAUCACCCACACCCUACCCCGGCGCGUCCCGCAAGGCAGCAGGCUUCCUCGCAAAAGACUGGUUCGUACCCUCUGUCGCGCCGCUCGGCGCUCUCUCCUUUGCUCUACACCGCGAGCUCGCCGAGCUCCAUGGUGGCGCGGAGCGCUGGGGGUAUGCGGACAGCAUUGGGGUAUCUCUGGCAGGCAUCGAAGAGGGCGGUGGACGGGGCGAGGGCUGGUUACUCGAUGGCACCAGCAGAGCCACCACCGCCAGCAGCGAGGUCCGAGAGAAGAGCGCUAUCCCACCGUGGGUUGUGGGCGGAGGUGAGGCGGAGAUGAUCUCGGGUGCCGGGACGACCGCACAAGUAAAUCCAGAGCUGCUGUGUACGUUUCUAUACGAGACGCUCGUGGCGCAAGGAGUAGAGUUCCAUCUGGGCGCUCGUGCAGAGCGGGUCGUAUCUGAGUGCGGAGUUAUUGUCGGUGUCGAUAUUGUUAGCGACACAGGAACAGCGCGGCACGUGGCAUGCGACCAGCUCCUGAUUGCGUGCGGGGCCUGGAGUAGAACUGUAUUUGAGCAUCUCUUCCCCGCCGCGGAGACAACACUAAGCAUCAGCGCCCUCGCCGGCUACUCCCUGGUUGUGCGCUCACCGCGCUGGCAGCCCGCGGCUGGAGAUGCGCCCGUGGCCUGCAGCGCUGCACCCACCAUUGCCUCUGAAGCCGAGGGUGGAUGGGCGCCCGAGAUCUUCAGCCGCCGCAACGGUGAUAUCUACAUUGGCGGCCUCAACACGUGCGGCCUACCCAUCCCAGCGCCAGCCGCCAACUCUAGUGUUGGUAUUGGGGGCGAUGAGCUAGAAAGCAUGCUUCGGGUCUCGAAGCGGCUACUGGGAGAGGACGUAGAGGUUGUGAAGACAGGACUGUGUUUCCGUCCGGUAACUGGGCAGGGGCGGCCUGUUGUUGCAGGAGUGGAGGCCGGGGUGGCGGGUGUAUGGGUGGCUGCGGGGCAUGGGCCGUGGGGGAUCUCGUUGUCGUUGGGGACGGGUAAGGUAAUGGCGGAGAUGAUGGCGGGCCGGGAGGCAGAGGUAGAUGUAAGUGGAUUGGGGAUUUGUUGA